AUGAAGUACUCAAAUAAAGCAAUCUCGCGUUCGAUAAACAUGGCGAGGACGAAUGAUGUCAAGAAAAUAGCGGCGGCUCGGUUCCGGCUCCAACCACCACCGCAAGUGCACCAAAGAGGAAGAGACGCAAAAAUGUCUGGUAGCAUCGCCUCGCUCGCAAUCAAGGAAGAAGAUGCGAUGAAAUUCCUUGCAUCGCAAACGCACAUCGGGACACCCAACGUUUCGCUCCAUAUGCAACAAUACGUCUACAAACGGCGCGCGGAUGGUACGCAUAUCAUCAACUUGAACAAGACAUGGGAAAAGUUACUUCUCGCUGCUCGAGCCAUUGCUGCGAUUGAGAAUCCAGCUGAUGUUGUUGUCGUCUCGGCUCGUCCCUUUGCCCAUCGUGCACUGAUGAAAUAUGCUGCUCACACUGGAGCUACACCAAUUUUCGGACGCUUUGCUCCGGGAGCGCUCACGAAUCAAGUACAAAAGAACUACCGUGAGCCAAGAGUGAUCAUCAUUUCUGAUCCGACUAUCGACCAUCAGGUUGUCACUGAAGCUUCUUAUGCCAACGUGCCAGUGAUCAGCUUUGUCAAUACGGAUUCACCACUGAAGCUUGUCGAUAUUGCAAUUCCAUGCAAUAACAAGGGUGCUCAAUCUUUGGGACUAAUGUGGUGGUUCUUGGCUCGUGAAGUGCUGAGCUUGAGGGGAAAAAUUUCACGCCAAACGGGUUUUUGUUUGGAUGGACUCGAGGUGAUGCCCGAUCUCUACUUCUUCCGUGAUCCAGCAGAGCAAGAGAAGGAGGAAGCGCAACAAGAAGCUGCUGCUGCUGAACAAGCUCAAACUGCUCAAUUGUACGAAGGACCAAUCGACUUUGCCGCUCAACCAGAAAUCAAGGAUUGGGCUGCCGAAGCUGCCACGGACAAUUGGGCUCAACCCGUUGCUGCAGGAACAGGUGGAGAUUGGAAUCAAGCAACCACGAACAACUGG